GGACCCCUCUGAAUAUGUAAAUUUAUACACUGAGCACUCUAAUGCUUACUAAUAUCCCCAGAAAACACACCUGAGCUCUGGAUGAGAAGUGCCCGCAGCAUAUAGUUUAUUUCCCAAUGUAGAGAAAUAUGCUAAGUGUGCAUCUGUACUAUUGAGUCACAAAGAUAGAACAGUAAGAUUUGGACAACAGCACCUGCAUUUGGUCUAAGUGUUUGUGUUAAGACAUCACAGCCUGAGAAGCAAUAAUACAAGGGGAACCAUUUGUACAUCGAAUGCAACGGACACAACCGCGCGUACGGGAACUGCUAAAUACGUUCUGUAGUAUUUGGAUCGACUCGCGGAACACUUAAUCAGGAUGAAGUUUGACAAUAUUCUUGAAGAUCAUCUUGGGGCUUUUGGGAGUUACCAGAAAAGGAAGUAUUUCUUGCUCUGCCUCCCGGGUGUCUUCUGUGCGAUGCAGAUGCUGAGUCCAGUCUUUGUUCUCAACAUUCCGAAUCACAGAUGUGCCCUCCCUGGUGUCAGCAACGACACAUAUGCUGUACAAGGACUUGACCAUGAGAUCCUUCUUAACGCCACCAUACCCUGGAAGACGGAGAAAGGCGUCAGCGUCAGGGACUCCUGUCUCAUCUACAAGGACGAUGUUCCGGCGGGUCAGAACAGAACAACCCAGGAAUGCAGCGCCUGGGUGUACGACAACUCCGUCUUCAAGAACACUGUUAUUACAGAGCUGAACAUGGUGUGCAACGAUAAGGGCCUGAGGUCUCUUGCCAACAGCAUUCUGAUGGCGGGACUUCUGUGUGGAUCUCUUGUUCUGGGCAUUGUCUCCGACGUGAUUGGGCGGAAACCAACUCUGAUGUUAUCCAUCCUGCUACACGUUGGCACAGGAGUUGGAACAGCGUUUGCGCCGAACUUCGUGGCUUUCGUCAUUCUCAGAUUCUUUAAUGGUGCUUCUAAUAUCGGCCUCUUCGUAUCAUCUUUUGUAAUCGUGAUGGAGCUCGUUGGUCCCUCCAAACGAACCUUUGCUGGUAUGAUCAUCGAGUUCUUCUGGUGCUUGGGUCUAUUCAUUGUGGGCGGUCUGGCCUACUUCAUCCGUGACUGGCAUCAUCUCCAACUCGCUAUCUCCGUCCCAGCUGUGCUAUUGAUUGGCUUAUACUGGCUGGUUCCCGAGUCGCCAAGAUGGCUGCUGUCACGUGGUCGCGAGGAGGAAGCAGAAGCAAUCCUGAGGAAGGCGGCAGAAGUGAACGGCGUGACGCUUCCACCGAAGCUGUUUGACAAGGACACUCUGGAUGACGGUCCCCAGGCCAAGAUCACAGAGAUGUUCACAUCCCCAGUCCUCCUCGUCAGGACACUCAUCAUCUUCUUUAACUGGCUUGUUGCCAGCAUGGUUUUCUACGGUCUUGGUCUUAACGUUGGAAAUCUCGGCGGUGACAUUUACCUAAACUUUACCAUUGCAAACAUCGUGGAGACAGCAGCCUACGUCAUGUGUCUGUUUCUGUUGGACCGACUGGGCCGGAAGUUCCUACACUGUGGCAGCAUGUUGACAGGAGGGAUUGCGUGUAUUGCCACCAUCUUCCCCGUUUUGUAUGGGGGCCCAGAGCUGGAAUGGGUAACAAUUACUCUGUCAAUGAUUGGUAAAUUUGGGGCAUCUGCUGCUUUCGCCAUAAUUUACAUAUUUGCUGCGGAACUGUUCCCUACUGUUGUGAGAAACUCCGGCAUGGGUGGUAGCUCCUUCUCGGCCCGUAUUGGAGGAAUCCUGUCCCCUUACGUUGCUGAUCUGGGCACUCUUGUUGGUGGUGACUUCGGUAACGCACUCCCCCUUCUGGUGUUUGGUGCUGUGACAGUGGCGGCGGGGAUACUCUCACUGUGGCUACCCGAAACACUGAAUCGAAAACUGCCGGAAACUAUCGAGGAUGCCAAAGCUUUCGGAAAGAGCGGUAACAAAUCCUAUGAACUUGAUCACACAGUCGAAAAGUCUCCCUCCAAAAUGGAGUAUGACAACCCAGCCUUCAACAAGAUCUGAAGAUAACAGAUUGCAACAAGACAAAACGAUUGCUUGUAUCAUAUAUUCUUUUCAAUUGUGUGUUAUGUUUUCAUGGACUUACACGUGACAAACUAAUUCUAUUUGCAUAUUUAUCCAUGUUUACAAUGGUUGUAUUGUUUCACAUGCAUGCAAUGCUUUUGGCUAGCUAUCGAGUGUAAAGAUAUGUUCUCAUACUCGUCAGUUUCACGGGUUUAGCGGGAUAACUACCCUGGAGGAGUAGCAUCAGCAUGGGCUGUUCCGAUUUAGUAUCAGUGCGUCUGCUCACAAACAUUUGUGACGUGACAAGCAAGCGACGUCACAUAGAAACAUUAUGACGUCAUAUGCGCGUACAAUCCCGAACACCCGCUGCUGAGACACUCAAUUUUGAAAACGAACUAAUAACAUAUAUUUCUGUGAAUAUUUUUUGAAUGAGAUUUAGAUCAGUAAUCCAACCUGACGCCUAUUGUUUUUUACAUGGGGACAACUAACUGACCAGAACGUUCGAUGAAGUGACAAUUAAGUACUUUGUGUAAUAAUGUCUAUAGUCUAUAUGUUGUGACAUUGCCUAUAAGUCAACUGUGAAAACCAUUGUACUGUAACACAAUGUAUUUAUAUUUUUAUACACUACCGUGACAUUAUUUAUGUAAUUAAUUGAAUCCCGUCAGUGCAACCUCUUACUGAGUACUCGGGGGCGUACAUGAAGGAAAUGUGAUGGUAUAUUGCAGGUCAAAAGGACAUGGAUGAUUGCAAUUAAAUUGUACUUUGUAGAUAGAAAUUUACUAACAUUUGAUUUUUUGUUUCUGCAGAUAUUUCUCAAUGUUUAUAUUAUAAAUAGAUUAACAUGCAUCUUUGGAAUUUUGACACAGGAACAUGCCAUGCAUGAUACUGUGAGUGUAUGAAUUGCAAGGACAUAAUGUGUAUCGACAGUUUCUAGAAUUAUAUGCAGUAUGCAGUGCCAUAUUCGUUGAAAUGUAAUGCAUAUCUUCAUUGCGUCAGCAGGGCACCUCUUUCAACAUAUCAAGACCAGAAUACGUAUUUACGGCACAUUAACAAUCUUGGCAAAUAUGAAACAUUUUGUAUUCAUAGUAUGUUAUUAUCAAUAAAUAUAAAUUCUUGGAAUGAA